GAGGAAUAGAGCGGUGGCCGCUGUUGGUGUUUCGAAUUUAUGCAACGGCAGAGUUGUUCAGCGGAGAAAAAUAACAACAUUGUAUUUUGUAUUUCAUAAUAGUACAUUUCAGUUACAAGAAAUUUCGAUAGAAACCCCCGUUGGGACAUAUUUAUGACAUAUUAUAUAUAUAUAUAUUACAAGUUACCAUAACAUUUACAGGCUACGAUUCCGAAACACAAACUACAAAUAACAAAGGUCUCCAGUCUAUAUAAUAAUAUCAUUAUGAUAAUGAUAAUAUAGAUCUAUUUUGUUAUGAUUAUGACCACAGAACACGGUAUUUUGAGUUUGUUGAUUACACGCAGCUGUUCGUAAUGUCCUUAGCUACACGUGUACCUAUUGAAGAAAUUCAAAAAUAAACAACCUUGAUUAACUUACUCGUUGCUUUAAUUUUAAGAACAUGGACAAAAAGUUAUCUUGUAAAAUUGGUCCAUCCAUUUUAAAUUCUGACCUGUCCCAACUAUAUGAUGAGUCGCAACGUUUAUUGGAUAGUGGAGCAGAUUACUUACAUUUAGAUGUGAUGGAUGGAACUUUUGUGCCCAAUUUAACGUUUGGACAUCCAGUUGUAAAAUGCUUAAGAAACAAAUUGCCGAACACUAUGCUCGAAACACAUAUGAUGGUUCAGAAUCCUAUUCAAUGGAUUGCUCCAAUGGCUGAUGCUAACGUCGAUCAAUAUACAUUCCAUAUUGAACCUUGUGACGAUGUUUCUCUAGUUUGUCGUAAAAUUAAAGAAGCUGGCAUGAAAGUUGGAUUAGCAAUAAAACCUGGAACACCAGUUGCAUCUGUUGAAGAUUACAUAGAAUUAGCUGACAUGGUUUUAAUAAUGACAGUCGAACCAGGAUUUGGAGGUCAAAAAUUCAUGUGUGAUAUGAUGUCAAAGGUUAAAUGGUUAAGGGAUAAAUAUCCUACAUUAAAUAUUGAAGUAGACGGAGGCGUUGGACCGAGUACAAUCGAUUACUGUGCAAAGGCUGGAGCGAAUAUGAUUGUGUCGGGCACAGCUGUUAUUCAAGCAGAUGACCCCCCUCAAGUAAUUAAACUACUAAGAAAUUCAGUUAUAAAAGAAAUAAACAAUUACUCUAAAUGUUAACAAUUUAGAAUUAUUAAAGAUGUAUAAUAUAUGGUUAUUAUUUACAACCUGAA